AUGAGCAAGUAUAUUUAUUCAACUCCACCUCAAGAUGAACUACGAAUAGUGUCACCUCUUGAAGGAGCUGGAUCACCACAAAUCCCAUCGACAAAUAUGCCACAAACGGUUAUAUAUUCCCUAUUUAUCGAUCCACCGGUCGCAAAUUUUCAAACGACCGGUGGAACGUCAGUACAUAAGUUAAUUAAUCACACUGGUAUUCGACUCGCGUUCAAAAUAAAAUCCUCAAAUAAUAAAGAUUAUCGUAUGAAUCAAGUAUAUGGUUUUUUGGAGCCUGAAAUGGCAUUCCCACUUAUAAUUUCACGGAUCGGCGGUCAACCUCGAAUUGACAAACUUGUUGUUCAGUAUAAAAAAGCAGUACCAAAUUUAAAAGAUGCAGAGGAGAACUUCAAACAAGGACCGCCGAUAGGUGAAAUUACAAUGCAGCUCAUUGCCCAAUAA